AUGCACGACCAUUCACCGGAACCGGUUCAGAAUGACCGGGAACAGGCGCCUCCCUCUUUGGCCAGCACGCUACUGCCGGACCUCUCCCUCUACACAAACCCCAACCCAAUCCCAGACCCUGAUACCACAACCCUGGAGGAGCUUGCUCAUCUAGUAAGGCUUAGCAAGUACCAGGAGCGCAAGCGCGCAAAUACCAGGAUACGGCUUCAGAGAAGCUUGAUUUCGGCCGCCUUGUCCGCUCGCUUGACGCGCUGCGGGGAGAUGGCGCAUCGAAAUCUUGUAGACUGUUUCCGAACCGAUGAUAAGAAAACCUUCGCUAGCUUGUAUAACGCCAUUCAUGAUGUGAGGAAGAGCUGCGACGAGCUGCGGAGGUACACCCUGCUGGAACCAGAGAUGGACUCUCUCAACUCGUCGGCGUUCAACUCUACUGAAAACCUAGAUGCCUCCUCUACCCCGUACCGGACCCUGGUGCUCCUGGCUCUCUCUCUCCAUACGGACCAACCCGGACUUCUUAGCUGCAAGGUUAUGCUCUCUCUCGAGCUCCGAACUAACUACGUUGACAAGCUUUCAUCAAGGACUGGAGCCCAUCGAAUCCGUCCUCCCCUCCCAUCUGAGCCGGCCCCCGCACCGCGAGGGAAUAUGAGCACUGCGGCGCGUAAUCCAGGGCAGGCAACCAGCACUGUUGGUCGCCUCCUUUCAUUCCAGAGACACGACCCCCUCUCCACCUUGAUUUACACAUGCUUCGCGAAUUCCGCUGGCCCCGAUAGCUCCGAGGAUCGAAGGAAGACGCAGAUCUGGGCAACGGCCUGCUCCCGGCUCAUUUCGGAAGCCAAAUCUGGCUUGGAACCUUUUCUCCUAUCAGUUUUGAAUGCCUGGUCAUCAAUGAGGGACUGGUCCGGUAGAUCGAACAUGGAGUGGUACCUAAUGAAGAUUUUAGAGGAUGGCGCCUUUCUUCUUGCGCGGGCGGAAGACCAACACGGGACUCGGUUCCACAUUUCCGGUUGGGCACGGGAUGGCAACAACGCCGCCGCCGAGGACUUCUAUCAAAGGGCAGUAGGAGACUUGUUUGCAGUAAUUGAUGAUGACGAUGCUACCGGCAUACCCGAGGGUUUCCUGGAACUGGGCAACGAGAUUAUUAGGCAGCUGGAUCCCCAGCGAGCGGACAGCACAAAGAAGUUCCUGGUUUGCAAAUGGCUCUUCCAGACUUUCCUCCUCCGCGCCAUCAUUCACCCCGAGAGCCACGGCAUGAUGGCUGAAUACCACAUCACCGAGUAUGGCCGGCAGAAGAUCCUGUGGCAGGUCGCCAUGAGGGCCAUGCAAUACGUUGCCGAGUACGCCUCCUGGACCAAAAAGGCUCCCCUUUCUUUCCCGUCCAAGAUCCAAACACACAUUGAGAAUAUCUUCAACAAGCUUCGGGGCACCCGCUCGCACAUUCCCACCGCAAAGCUGUUACCAGCCCGAUCCGUGACUUCGCUUCGAGAGACGGUGGAAGUCCAUCCGUACCUUGUUAUUAGCCCCGCCGAUUUAGUGACCAUGGUCAACGCCUUGUACCCGGAGCAGCGGCCUCAUUCGCGUGCUUCGAGCAGCCUUCGAUCGGGAGCACCAUCGAUUUCUGGAUUCUCGGCCAUUUCCCAGCCCAUGUCCAUUGUAUCUCGCAACACCACCGGGAACACCAAUUUUGAGACGGCGUCCGUGCUGAGCAAUAGCGUAUCCUCCUCCGUGAUCAGUGACAACACCGGCUCCAAGGAGGCGUCGAGCUUCGACCCGCGAACCGGGACCCCCUUGCGCUACACCCCACCCGCCGCGGAGGUCCUUUCGUCCAACCGGACCAGCACCUACGAGGACGAUGGGUACCGCCUCAGGCUGGCGCUCCACGAGAUGUCGCAGUCCCUCGGCUUGGAGUUGAUGAAUGGAUCCUGCCACCCUUGCGCAGAGCGGUGGGCCGUGCUCUUCAUCUCGUCAAACGGCAGCCGUCUCUCAUCCCAGAUGACGUUCGACCCAGACGACGACGCCGACGAGGACGAAACCUCGUCCAUUACCUCGGACUCGGACUCGGAUGACGACGAUGGAGACCUGGACCUCGACAAGGAGUACUCCCAGCUUCGCGAUUCCAUCCUCAAGCUCGUAGAAGACUAUGAAAUACCUAGAACCGCGGCUCCAGAAGGAAGAGAGACGCAGCUGAGCAACCGAGCAACCGGCAUCAAGAAGUAUCGGCACAAGAAUAAAAUCAUCACCUCCGAGAGCUCCACCCGUAGUCGGAAUCCCUAUUAUCAAAGAAGCGAGGGCGCGGAUACCCAAGUUCCCAACCACAUGGAAGGAGACCCAUCCCCAUCCGGCGGCUCGGACGACCAGGAAGCUUCCGUCUUGGUAGCCAUGCUGAAGGCGGCUUCCUCGCAGUCGAGAGCGCAGUCGGACUUUGUCUCUGCUCACUUGUACUGGAAGACCCUGCAGCAACUCAACUCGCUCAAGUCCCCCAGCCUUUGCCAAAAUGGAUUCGCAGUGCUGUUGAACAUUUUCUCACGCGGGCCCCAGGAUUCGAUCCGCCGGUCCGCGGCCGCGAUAGAGGACUACGACGCGUGGCUCGUCUGGCUGAAACAAAGCCAGGAACGCCUCGAGGGCCAUCUAGAUGGUAUGUCAAAGAGGCUGCGCGCCUUGAGGGAUAAAAUGUGGUAUGUCACGGAUGUGCACAACUCGGCGCCGUACGAGCACAGCCGCAACAUCUGCGUGGCCCUAAAAACCAUGGGCCUACCACGGAGAGGACGAGCCGGCGCGGCGCGGGGCGCAGGGGCAACGUACAUUUACCGCGCCGAGUCCCAAAUCAUGGAACUCCUCGCGGCGACGGAGGAACAGGGUGGCCCCAACAAGCUAAGCGACGACCAGGCGGAGAAGACGCAGAGGUGGCUGCAGCAAUGCGGGAUCACGUCGGCCUUUUGUCAGGGAGAAGAGCGCAUCCACCGAUUCUGUUUGGAAGUGGAUAACUGCAUCGGCAAGCUGAUUGGGGACAGCAUGGUUGACGCGCCAGUUCUCUGGUCGAGCGAGCUGUACCUGCGGGACAGGAAAAUGCUCGAAAGUAGCAAGAAUGGGGCGCCCCGCGACCGGGACUCAUUUUGGGGCGGCGAUGACACGUCGAGCAUCCUGUCCGACUCGGACAGGAGGUUCGGAACCGGCAGUCGGCCAUUAGCGACGCUCCGGGAUCUCCGCAACCUAUCGGGGUUCAACUCGAGCCAGCAAUCCUUUGACUCGUCCCGUUUCAGCUUUUCUCGGGCCAGCGCCAACUAUUCGGAUAUCUUGGAUGGGCAAGAUUACUUUGGCGCGUCCUCUCCGGUACACACGAUUGACUCUACGACGACAUUUUGGUCACCCUUCCAGUCGACCAUGCACGGCGACGUCGUCCAACGAGACGGUGUUCCAGCAGCGACUAUCAGAGGAGAAGUCAAGUUUCUGCUCGAGCUCCGGCAGACGCUGACUAGUCUUUUGCUCUCGGACCUCGGAAACCUCGUGUUCGUCCGAGGGUCAGAGACGGACGCCUGGUUCGAGGAUCUCGGCCAACAGUGCAUCGACCUUCAGGAAUCGACGGAGCGCAAGGCGAGGCGCGCCGCCGCUGCAGGGGGUGGUGCCAAGGUUGCCCCCACCAGCACCCUCGCCGGUGCUGGUGCUGCGGCAUCGACACCGGCACCAAAGAAGGACAAGGCGGCGGGGCCGUCGCCCCGACCCAGAGUGAUUGAGAAGAAGAAGAGCUUUGGUAACCUGCGGGAGCCGGCGAAACGCUGCUCCACGGCGAGCGCCAGCGAUACCCUGACGGCGCGGAGCCGGACUUCCAACCGCGGGGCCCGAUCCGACUUUCCGUACAAGAAGGCGUACCAAAAGCUCCUUCGCAUGUUUACGAUUCACCCGAAUCCCAACGUGAAGCUGAACGCGCUUCACGAACUAAAGCACCUGAUCCUCUCCUCGCUCACCCUCGGCGGCUCGAAACGAAGUCGGCUCGCGCUCGCGCGCUCGGAGCUGCAAGCAACCGCAGGGCUAGACGAGCAAGGGACAAGGCAGAGCCCGUUGGACGACGCCAUCGAUAAGAUUAAGGAGAGACGGUCGCAGUCGGUGAUGCAGGCUGGGGGAUCGGGCCUGGCGGCCGGAACCCAGUUCAGGGGCUUGGGGCUGGAGACGCGGAUACCGGGAACGGCAAACGCGGCGAGCAUGGACCUGGCGGUGCUAGAAGUGCUCUCGUCCCUCUUCAAGGAUGCGGCAAUCCGGCCGAAAACCUUGUUCCGCGACCUACAAUUCAUCGCAGCCUUUGUUCCGUCUUCGGUGCUGGACAAGUCGGACAAGGGCACGUCGUUUUGGGAGGCGGGGCUCGCAGCGAUCCGACUCAAGCAGGAGGUAUGCCAGACGAUGGUCAAGGUCACGGACAACGUGGUGGAACAUCACACGAGCAAACGGAAGCAGGCGGUGGACACGAUGAGCUCGCAAAGCGAGAGCGCGGCGGAGCAGCUGUCCUCGACGGCGUCACCAUCGCCGCCGCCGGUCACAAGCAAGUACACUCUUCCGGACGCGGUGAGGAUGGUGAUAAUCACGGCCAAGGAACAGAACCCAGCAUCGCAGCGGGAGCUUGGCUUGUUUUGCCUCUCGCACCCAGAACUUAUCGACCGGGUGACGAUGCCCCUGUCGAAGCCACGAGAGGUGUUUAAGCAGGCCAUCAUGGAGACGUACGGCGGUGGGCCGGGCCGGGGUGGCUCGGGGGUCGGCAGGCACCCGGCGGACAGGGAAAGAGCGCGCGCGACGGGAUCGGGGGCGCAGCUCGGGGGUGGAGAUGAGGGCGGCGAGGACGUGAGGAGCGAUCCGGCGCUGAUGUGCAUGGCGCUGCAUUGGAUGCAAGCGGCAGAUCAGGGCGGAGACCGGAUCGCGACGGACUUUAUACGGCAGCAAGGGGUGAUUUAA